AAAGACCUUGUUAUCAUAGAGAAUGUGUCACACAAGAUGUUGAGGAAAUCCUUUUGGGAAAACAAAAAAAUUAAGAAGUGUUUUUGAAUGCAAUCAAAGACAACUCUGGAAUGCUUAGCAUGCAAGCCAAGUUAGGAAAAACUUAGAAGAAUGCAAUCCAGUGAACGAUAUAAAGUAUAAACCUUAUUCAGCAAUUUCCACACCUCAGCCACAAGCACCACUCAUUCUAUCGUCAAAUUAGUUGUUUUCGAUUACUCAUAAAUGGCUCCUCUGGACAACUAUGACUACAACUUCCCAUACUUCCCUCCGGAACCACCACAGAAUCCAUCCCCACCACAAAAAACUUCACCUCCUCCAAACAUAACUCCACCAUUUCAUCCCAUUGUACCCUCACCACCACCCACAAUCCCACCACCACCACCCUCUCAUCCAUUUCCACCGCCGAGCCCUGCAGCAAGACCACCACAUCCCUCAAUCCCACCCCCGCCAUCAGUUGUUGCACCACCACCUCAUCAUCCAUUUCAUCCACCACCACCUCAUGUAACUCCACCAUCACCACCUCAUAUCAUUCCACCUCCACCACCUUCAGGACAUCAUUCAACCAUCAUAGUUGUUGUCUUUGUCUCGCUUGGCGGUCUAUUCUUUCUUGCAUUCCUCUCAGUUGCUCUCUGCUGUCUCAUUAAGAAGAAAAAGAAGAAAACUGAUCAGAAAACUGAAAUCUUAGACGUAGACGAGCACUUGAAAGUUCAGGAAGCCGUCAUACCAGGCCCACAUGGUGAACAAAUGAAGGUACUAUUAAUUGAAGAGGAUGUGCACAUUCAAGGGGAGAUUAAAAAGAAGGAAGAGGUGACUGAAGGUUCUCACGUUAAGUCUCAUCAUGACCAACCUCAAGUUUCUGAUAUGGCGGCAUGGUCAACUACCAGUCAUCACCUUCUUUAGCACAAGGACUGAAUGUAAUUAAUACACGUAAAAGGCACAGUAGGCAAAAUGGUCAUACAUUGGCGUUUAUACAAUAAAGCCUACUAAUAUAACAAUCAAAGUGUCAUGCAAUAAAAUUUAAGAGUUCGUUGAGAAAUAA